CACUCUUCGCCGGCCGCUUAGUUCGUUCGGGCCGACUUCGCGAACCACUUUUAAAUCGAGUCAUACCUUAUCUAAACGAAUAAACUACUCAUUUCCAAACUAAUUGACAAUUUCAUCGGAAUUAAAUCCACAAAGUUAAAUUUUAAUAAUUCAAAAAGUAAAAAUUUACUGAUUUAAAACAAGUUUUGUGUUAAAAUCAUCAAAGAUCAUCUUAAAAGAUUUGUUGAAUUGCAGCAUUGACCUUGAUCUGAUCUUGAAUCGAGGCCGUCAUCAUGAACAGUGAAGAGUUUCGCAUCAGGGGCAAGGAGAUGAUUGAGUAUAUGUGCGGCUAUCUCGAGAACAUCGAACAGCGGCGCGUGACGCCAAGCGUCGAGCCGGGUUAUCUGCGGAAUUUAAUACCGGACGCGGCGCCGCACGCGCCUGAACCGUGGGACGACAUUAUGGAUGACGUCGAGCGCAAGAUCAUGCCGGGCGUCACGCAUUGGCAGCAUCCACGUUUUCAUGCUUACUUCCCGUCCGGCAACAGUUUCCCGUCCAUCUUGGGUGACAUGCUUGCUGACGCCAUUGGAUGCAUUGGUUUCUCAUGGGCGGCAAGUCCGGCGUUAACCGAACUGGAAACAAUUGUCCUGGAUUGGUUGGCUAAAGCAAUAGGUUUACCUGAUCAUAUGAUGGCGAUGAAACCAGGAAGUGCUGGCGGAGGUGUUAUUCAGACGUCAGCUAGUGAAUGUGUAUUGGUUACGAUGCUCGCCGCUAGAGCGCAAGCAUUAAAACGCUUGAAACAACAGCAUCCAUUUGUUGAAGAGGGUGUUUUACUGUCGAAAUUAAUGGCGUACUGUUCGCGGGAAGCGCACUCAUGUGUUGAGAAAUCCGCCAUGAUUUGUUUCGUCAAGUUGCGCAUCCUUGAACCGGACGAGAAGUCUUCUCUUCGUGGAAGAACACUGAUGAGUGCAAUGGAAGAAGAUGAACGUAAUGGCCUCGUCCCUUUCUUCGUUUCUGCUACAUUGGGAACAACAUCGUGUUGUUCCUUUGAUAAUCUCCAAGAAAUCGGUCCUGUCGUCCAGAAAUUCCCUUGUGUGUGGUUACACGUUGAUGGCGCUUAUGCAGGCAAUGCAUUCAUCUGCCCGGAAUUAAAACCGUUGCUUGCUGGUAUCGAAUAUGCCGAUUCAUUCAACACCAAUCCUAAUAAAUGGCUGCUGGUCAAUUUCGAUUGCUCUACCAUGUGGGUGCGUGAUCGAAUUCUGCUCACUUCCGCUCUCGUCGUCGAUCCGUUGUAUCUUCAACAUGGCUACUCUGAUACGUCAAUCGACUACCGCCAUUGGGGUGUACCCCUAAGCAGGCGUUUCCGGUCGCUUAAACUAUGGUUUGUUAUGCGUACAUUUGGCAUUUCCGGUUUGCAGGAAUAUAUUCGUCAUCAUAUUAAACUUGCUAAGCAAUUCGAAGCACUAGUUUUAGAAGAUAAAAGGUUUGAAGUUUGCAAUGAGGUUAAGUUAGGUUUAGUUUGUUUCCGACUUAAAUACACGGAUAAACUAAAUGAGAAACUCCUCAGCGCAAUCAACGCUUCCGGAAAAUUGCACAUGGUACCCGCUCAUGUCAACGAUAAAUACGUCAUCAGAUUCUGCGCAGUAGCACAAAAUGCCACCGCGGAUGAUGUUACUUACGCAUGGAAAGUAAUCGUAGAAUUCGCUGAAGAUCUUCUUGAAAAAGAGGAUCACUACAAGGAAGCAGAAGUACAAGAUGACGUAUUCGAGAUUCUAGACCGGAAGCGAAAGGAAACCCUGGCACACAAACGUUCUUUCUUCGUACGUAUGGUAAGCGAUCCAAAAAUCUACAAUCCCAGCAUUGCCAAAGGCACUGUCGGACGUCGACACACUCAAACCGAGAGUAUCGCAUCACCGGAUCUUCCGGUUCAACCAAAUCUUACUUCAUCAUGGAUCAGUUGGCCAAUAGCUUUCAUACUGCAAGGAAUGCAGGAAGAUGGCGCUAGUAGCAACGUGCCCAUAAGGUUCCGUCACCUAGACACAAAGGUACGUCUGCCUGCGGGGGGAAAUCGAGUUAAUGGCGGCUCACCUUCGCCUGAAGGUGAACUACUAUCAACCGGCAGCGUUGGCGGUGCUAAAUCCCCGAAACGUUCGCCGAUCUUCCCGCGCAAGGAGCACGACUAAUGUGUAAUCAUUCGUAAUAAUUCGUAGUUUAAUCCUACAUAACUAAACAUUCACACAAUAUUCACAAUGUUUCACAUUUAUCUUCUGCGUGUCGUGUGUGUACCAUGAAAAUAUAACCUAAACUUAACUUA